AUGUCAAAAGCAACAAUUACAAUUUUAUGUCCAAGUGGACAUCGACGAAAAUCACAAAUGACACCCAAUAGCAAUUUACUUCAAGUGCUGGAAGAUAUGUGUCAUCAAGAAAGUUUAGAUUCGGCUGAUUGGGGUCUUAUACAUCAACGUAAAAAAUGUGAUUUAACAAUGCCAUGGCGUUUAGCAAGUAUACCAACGAAUGCUCUAUUGGAAAUGUAUAAAUUAGAUGAACGUCGACCAACAAGCGAUGUAACUGUACAAUUACAUUUACCGGAUAAUUCAAGACAUGCUGGUAGUUUUCAACCUUCUGUUACACUUAAAGAAAUGCUUGAUUGGUAUCGUUGUCAACCAGACAAUAUCGUUUCUACAUUUGAUAAAUCAAUAAAUACUGAAAAUAAAUUAUAUCCAGUAUGUUCAUAUAUGAGUGAAGAAAUCAUUGGUGAUUAUGCUUUAUCAAAUACUACAUUACGUGAAUUAGGUCUUACAAGUGGAGCAGCUGUUAUUCGUUAUAAUUACCGAUCGAUGACUGACGAAGAUUUAACUAAGGUUAACACUCGUAUUGAUGAGAAAAUUGCUCGUCGACGUCCUCCACCACCGCAACAACAACAACAACAACCAACAACAGAACCACCUACUCGUAUUCAAAAUUCGUCUGCUACAACAGAAAAGACUCCUGUUCAAUCCUUACCUCCAACGACAGUAUCUAGUUCUAGUUAUCCUGUCAUCGAUACAUCUGUAUCAUCAUUUAACAAUCAAGAAUUUUCUAUAUUUCGUGAUGCUCCUGUUUCUCGUCCAACGAACACAACAUCUCAACAACAAUCAAAAACAUUAGCUGAAGCACUUGGUAUAAAUGUUUCAUUUGAUCAUCAUCCAUUCUUACAACAGCAACAACAACAACAUCAACAACAACCUCAAACUGAUUUUAGUACUUUUAAAUUUCCUGAAGCGACUAAAGGUCAAAAUCUUCUACAAAAUGACGCUUCCGAUAAUCGUCAAAAUACACGAGAUUCCAAAACAUGUGAUCGUCAUACAAUGGCUUAUGAUCUUACCAAAGUACCUGCACCAUCAACAAAUAAAACUGAAGACUUACCAGAUAGUUUUUUUGAAUUAACACCCGAUGAUCUUCGAUCCGUUUUAAAUACUUUAAGACAACAAGGUGCGGAAGAUAAUCCAUUAGAAACUCGUUUAAUGCGUGAAAGAGCUCAAUCAGCACGUGCUGUUGCAUAUAAACAUAUAGUAAUUCGAUUUGUUAUUAAUUCUAAUUGUGUACUUCAAGGAUUAUUUUAUCCCGAUGAACCUGUUUCAAAACUUCUUGAAUUUGCUCGUACAAAUCUUAUUUGUUCUCAAUUGAAACAAUUAGAUUUUUAUUUAUAUACAUCACCACCACGUGUUGUUUUAUCGGAUUUAAAAAAACAAUUAUCUGCUUAUGAUUUAAUACCAGCUGCCUAUGUUUAUCUUGGUCAUUCAAAAGUUUCACCACUUAUUCUUGAACUUGCAUCGAAUGUUCGUUUAGGAACUAUUGAUGAAGCUAAUCAAAUUGUUGCACAACAUGUAUUUAAUCGUACAACAUCAAUGAAUCAAGAUGAAGUAUCGAUUACAGAAACAAAUACUAAUAAUCGUUCAAAUAAACGAAAUGUACCGGCUACGAAUCUUGAUGAUAAACAGAUCCGUGAUAAAUUAAGUAAAUUUUUACCUGGUAAAAAAUAA